AUGGGUGUUGAAAUAUUCUCCAUCUCUCUCUCUCCCCAUCUCUCUCUCUCUCCCCAUCUCUCUCUCUCUCUCCAUCUCUCUCUCUCUCUCUCUCUCUCUCUCACAGUUAAACGGCACCAUCUCCUACUGGUCACUCUAUUGCUUGGUAAUGCCAUGGCUGUAGAGGCAAUGCCAAUUUUUCUUGACCGAAUAUCUGACCCAAUUGUGGCUAUUUGUGUAUCUGUAAGUGCUGUCCUCAUUUUUGGAGAGGUCAUACCUCAAGCAUUUUGCACUCGUUUUGGUUUGGCUAUUGGAGCCAUAAUGAGCCCUUUGGUUUAUUUCCUCAUGGCUCUCCUCUUCAUCAUCGCUUGGCCACUUUCGAAAUUACUUGAUUGCAUGUUUGGCACAGAACACUACACUCUUUAUCGACGAAAACAGUUGAAGGUGUUGGUUGACCUUCACAGCGAAUGCCCAGAAGCUCACAACUCUAAAGAACAGGCUAAUAAACAGGAGGCCUUAACUUAUGACGAGGCUCUAAUCAUUAAGGGAGCCAUAGAUAUGAAUUCAAAAACCGUGAAAGAUGCUAUGCUUCCUAUGAAAGAUGUCUUUACACUGACUAUUGAUGACUGUAUGGAUCAUGCAACAAUGGCAAAGCUCUCGGCUGGUCACUCCAGGGUGCCUGUGAUGGACAAAAACCAAAGGAUUAUUGGAAUUCUCUUAAUUAAAAACCUUAUUAUCCUUGAUCCUGAUGAUGCAACACCUGUAAGGGAUCUAUUGAAUGGUACUGCUUUCAGGAAGGUGCCACACAUUCCUAUGGAUAUGCCUUUGUUUACUCUUCUCAACCUUUUCCAAACGGGUAAAAGCCAUCUGUGUGUUGUGACAGAUCAAGAAUUUCCUGCAGAUGAUACAGAUGAUUGUGAUCUUUUAGAAACUCAAUCAAGUGAGAAGUUGGUUGGAAUAAUCACAUUGGAAGAUGUCUUAGAGGAAUUAAUACAAGAGGAGAUUAUUGAUGAAACCGACAUCUUUGUUGAUAUCCAAAAGAAAAUCCAAGUCGCCAGAGCAAAAGUAUCUCGACAACUUAGCAACAGAGAAAUAAAGCCUUCAGAUGUCCUUCCUCAGCCAGUAGUACCAGCAGCAGUGGCAGGAGCUGCUGUAGCACCUUCAAUAAAUACAGUCCCCCAAAUACACGAACCCAACAUAAUAGAUGAUAAUGCCGGUGACACAUCAGACACAAAGCCUCUCCUUGAUAUCUCGUGA